CGCCGAGUUCUGGGAAGUUGUGGCUGUCGAGGAUGGGGGUCUGUGGGCACCUGUUCCUGCCCUGGAAGUGCCUCGUGGUCGUAUCUCUCAGGCUGCUGUUCCUUGUACCCACAGGAGUGCCGGUGCGAAGCGGAGAUGCCACCUUCCCCAAAGCGAUGGACAACGUGACGGUCCGGCAGGGGGAGAGCGCCACCCUCAGGUGCACAAUCGACAACCGGGUCACCCGGGUAGCCUGGCUAAACCGCAGCACCAUCCUCUAUGCUGGAAAUGACAAGUGGUGCCUGGACCCUCGAGUGGUCCUCCUGAGCAACACCCAAACCCAGUACAGCAUCGAGAUCCAGAACGUGGAUGUGUACGACGAGGGCCCAUACACUUGCUCUGUGCAGACAGACAACCACCCAAAGACCUCCAGGGUUCACCUCAUUGUACAAGUAUCUCCCAAAAUUGUAGAAAUUUCUUCAGAUAUCUCCAUCAACGAAGGGAACAAUAUUAGCCUCACCUGCAUAGCAACAGGUAGACCAGAGCCUACGGUCACCUGGAGACACAUCUCUCCCAAAGCUGUUGGCUUUGUGAGUGAAGAUGAAUACUUGGAAAUCCAGGGCAUCACCCGGGAGCAGUCCGGGGACUAUGAGUGCAGUGCCUCCAACGACGUGGCCGCACCCGUGGUACGGAGAGUGAAGGUCACUGUGAACUAUCCACCAUACAUUUCAGAAGCUAAGGGUACGGGCGUCCCCGUGGGACAGAAGGGGACGCUGCAGUGUGAAGCCUCAGCAGUUCCCUCUGCAGAAUUCCAGUGGUACAAGGAUGACAAAAGACUGAUUGAAGGAAAGAAGGGAGUCAAAGUGGAAAACAGGCCUUUCCUCUCAAAACUCAUCUUUUUCAAUGUCUCUGAACAUGAUUAUGGGAACUACACAUGUGUGGCUUCCAACAAAUUGGGCCACACCAAUGCCAGCAUCACGCUAUUUGAACUAAAUGAGCCUACAAGCUCAACUUUGUUGCAAGAAGUGAAAACUACAGCUCUGACCCCUUGGAAAGGCCCGGGCGCUGUCAGUGAAGUGAGCAAUGGGGCAUCAAGGAGGGCGGGCUGCGUCUGGCUCCUCCCUCUUCUCGUCUUACACCUGCUCCUCAAAUUUUGAUGUGAGUGCCACUUCCCCCCUGGGGAAAGCUGCUGCCACCGCAUCUACCAACACCACCGCACGGCAAUGAGACAGCAACAAGAAGACAGAAAGAACCCAGCAAAUCGGAGAAUCACAGCCUAAGGGGACAGAAAUUUGAGGGAGGGGAACAAAGAAUACUUUGGGAAAGAAAAAAAAAGUUUAAAAAAAAAUGGAAAUUGAAAAAUUGCCUUGCAGAUAUUUAGGUAUCACUGAGUUUUCUUUCUUUUCCCAAAUGGGAAGAAUGCACACCUGGCUUGGACCCACCCACAAGCUGCACUGUGUGAUCUCUGUCGCCAGGGUGGGCAAGGGCUCAGCCACUCUGCCCCCUGAAGUGCCCCACCAUGGAAUAUUCUGGAGUUGGCCACCCCAAACCGCAUCAGUCCAUAGAGACAAACGCAGAGUGGGACACGGGGCCCAGAUGUGCCAUGGGGGGCCCUCGGGUAGACGGUGCCACCAUCACGUGUGUCCGCAAUGUGAAUUUGAGACAGAAAGCAAAAGGAAACCAGACAGCCCGACAGCAACAACAAUCCCACAAACAACAGUCACAAAAGAUAUUGUUAAACAUUUUCUUUUCAUUUUACUACAUGGACAUCAUGAAUAAUAAGGGAUUCUGAUUCAUUAUUAAUUUUAUUAAUUAUAUUUUCUGAUAUGAGUUUAGAACUUAGUGCAAAAAUGAGACAAAACUAAAAACUACACACAUAAGAGGGGUGAAGUGUGUUUGUUAAACAUUAAAAAUAAAUAGUGUACUUCUUAACUAGGUUUACAACUGGUGGACCACACACCAGGCCCUAACCACCUGGUGAGGAUUUGGCAUAUCCACCAAAAACAUAUCCGACUUAAUCACCAUCUCCACCAGCGCUACAGAUUUCUCCUUUCUCUGGCAUUUCAUGCAGACAGUACUAUGCUAUCUCCAUACUGUUUAGUAAUGGAAAGUUGAUCUGCACUGUAUCUGGGUUUGUUGGCUAUGCUUCUUUUGAGACAUAUAUUAUACAGUAUAUAUAUACAUAUAUUUUUUUUGUUAGUUCUAGCCAUUUCGUUUCUCAGCAGAGUCCUUCCUCAGACAUUACUGCAUGCUGUAUAUGGCGUUAGCUGUGUGUUGACCUGCUAAAAGAUGAUAGAGUUUACUGGUAAUUGUG